AUGGCAAGCGCAGAAAAGACUAUGACGGUAGACAACGUCGUGGAAGCCGAUUCUUGGUUGGGCAAAGGCUACCCCUCGAAGAAGCAGUUCAAGCCGUGGCAACGCGACAACAGCCGUGGCUUUCAGAGUCUCUUAAUGAGCGUCUUGACGCCACUGGAGCUUCUUCUUUACCCCAUACCUUGCAUAGCUUCAUUUGUUGUGUCGUGGACUUCGAAUUCCAUGUUGAUUCUACUCCUCACGCAGUCUCAGGCCUUUGCCGUGCCUCCAUACAAUCUGGGCUCUCGAACAAUUGGCCUCUUCAAUGUCGCUAUUUUGAUUGGCACAUUCAUUGGCCUGGCAACCAAUGGCCCCUUCUGUGAUUGGGUCUGCAUGAAAGCAACGAAGAGAAAUCGGGGCAUACGGGAGCCGGAGAUGAGGCUACCUGCUAUGAUCCCGUAUCUGGUGAUUUAUAUUAUCGGAAAUUUUGUUGUCGCGUUUGGAUAUCAAUACAAGUGGUCCUGGAAGAUUAUUGUGAUUAUCGGUUAUGGUUGUGCCGGCAUCCAAGUCGCCACGCUCCCUUCCAUUAUCAGCACCUACGCUGUUGACAGUUAUAAACCGGUUGCUGGGAUGUUAUUUGUCACGAUCACUAUCAACAAGAACCUGUGGGCAUAUGGGCUCACUAAAUUUAUUACCCGAUGGAGUGAGAGCAGCGGGUUUGUUAUACCUAUCAUGAUGAACAUGGCCCUCGCACUUUUCUUUUGUUCACUCACGAUUGUCUUCUACUUCAAGGGAAAGACAUUCAGGAAGUGGACAGCCAACUCAAAGGUCCAUCGCAUGUAG